CAUUGGGCAACAGCGCCUGUGCGUUUGUUUUAUUGACCUUUGAACUGACAGGGAUCAACGCCGAGAGCGAUUUCUAUUGGUAAAUCCACUCACACCCACUUUGCAGUGACCAAAUCCAAGUUGAAGGUGAAAGUCUUCCAUCAUCCCGCUCAGCCAGCUGAUCAAGUGACAGCUCGUCUCUUCGUGCUGCCGCAGCCUCCCACAGUGCAAAAAAAAAGAAAAGUAAACAAAUAAAUAAAUAUAUAUAUAUAUAUAUAUAUAUUUAUUUUAAAAAAAAUGUCGCUAUUUUCUGAAGUCCCCCAGGCUGCCCCUGUGGCUGUCUUCAAGUUGACGCAGGAUUUCAAUAACGACCAGUUUCCAAAUAAGGUGAACCUCGGAGUAGGAGCCUAUCGGACAGAUGAAGGCCAGCCCUGGGUUUUGCCGGUGGUGAAAAAAGUGGAGAAGAUCAUUGUGCAUGAUGACAGGCUAAACCACGAGUACCUGCCAAUCCUGGGCCUGCCUGAGUUCAGAUCCUCAGCCUCCAAAAUAGUACUGGGAGACAACAGCCCUGCCAUCCAGGAAAACAGGGUCGGGGCUGUCCAGUGUCUGGGUGGUACGGGUGCUCUGAAGAUAGGCGCAGAGUUUCUAAGGCGGUUCUACAAUGGGAGCAACAACACCAAAACACCCAUCUAUGUGUCUGCACCUACCUGGGAAAAUCACAAUGCUGUGUUCAGCAGCGCUGGCUUCGAGGAUGUUCGUCCGUACAGGUACUGGGACGCGGAGAAAAGAGGCCUUGAUUUGGCUGGCUUCCUCGGUGACUUGGAAAGUUGUCCAGAGCACUCAGUCUUUGUCCUGCAUGCUUGUGCCCAUAAUCCGACAGGCACAGACCCCACGCAGGAGCAAUGGAAACAAAUCGCUGAAGUUAUGAUGAGGAGGAAGCUGUUUGCGUUCUUUGACUCGGCUUAUCAGGGAUUCGCCUCAGGUAGUCUGGAGAAAGAUGCCUGGGCGGUGCGCUACUUUGUUUCCUCGGGCUUUGAAAUGUUCUGUGCCCAGUCGUUCUCCAAGAACUUCGGACUCUACAACGAGCGUGUGGGCAACCUGACCGUUGUGGCUCGCGAUGCAGAUAACCUGAAACGAGUUCUCUCCCAGAUGGAGAAGAUUGUCAGGAUCACCUGGUCCAACCCACCAUCUCAAGGAGCUCGUAUUGUCACCAUCACUCUUACCUCACCUGAGCUUUUUAGUGAAUGGCAAGAGAAUGUGAAGACCAUGGCUAACAGGGUCUUGCUGAUGAGGUCUCAGCUGAAAGCUAAGCUCCAAGCUUUGGGGACACCAGGGACCUGGGACCACAUCACAAACCAGAUCGGCAUGUUUAGCUUCACAGGCCUCAACCCCAAACAAGUGGAAUAUUUGGUGAAGGAGAAACAUAUCUACUUAAUGGCGAGCAGUCGCAUCAACAUGUGCGGUUUAACCACUAAGAACAUCGACUACGUGGCCGAGUCCAUCCACGAGGCCGUCACCAAGGUCCAGUAGAAGAACGGCACCAUAUCUCCAAUUCUCACCACUUCCUGCUGCAUUCCUGAUCCAUCCUGAUCACAGGGAAUGUGUUUGCAUCCAGGUUUCCAGAUUUUUCUGGAGCAAAUACAAAUUCUCAUGUGCACAGAGAGCUCACAGGCCCCUGGUUUCUCAUUCUUUUUCAGUAUUUGUGCUAUGCUAGGCUAAAUGCAUGCUGGGACCAAGUUCUCUAUAGACUGCACAAAGAUCGUUUGGAUCUUUUUUAAGAGCCACAAUUUUCCAAACUCUGGAGUACUUAUGUAAUUGUGUUCAUCAUUUUUCACCCUUAUCUUAGUCCCCAAUGUAUUGUUUGUUGCUCAAAAUAUGUGUUUAGUAUUUCAAGUUUUAUGCAUCAUUAGAAGCAAGUCUGUGGCUGUAUUACGGUUCCUCAGCAGCACUGACUCUACAGUCUAAAAAUGUUAUACUGUUCAUGACUCAUCCAUUCAAAGUGUGAAAUAGAAGUAUUUGUGUGGACAGCAGUAAGAGUUGUUAAGGGGAAUGAGAAAAAGAGAAUAUUAACAUGACUAAUCUGUAUAUUUGUGUUUACCACCCCGACGAUGAAUGAAGAAUAAAGAGGCAGUGUUUGUCAUUUCUAGAUUAAAUGUGAACAAAUGUUCUAAGGAGGAUUUAAGCCUGAACUAUGUAAUCAUAUUCAUGACAAGGCUCUAUGCUAAUGACCUCACAUUUAAUCUGUAUUUGUAGAGUCUUUUUUUUUGCUUCCAGUUGACAUUCAGUGAGCACAAAUGACACUGAGCGUUCUGAACAGGUGUCGUGAACCUGGGGUCGUCACUGCAUGCUGAAGGGUUUUGAUGUUUCUGGUUCUGUCAGGUACCUGCCAGUGGACGUUGACUGUUCAUAGCAGCCGGGCACUGUUACGCAACAUUCGUUUGUCACAGCACAAACAAACUAAUGAUCAACCAGGUUGCUGUCGCACUACUACGCAGGGCAUUUACGAAACAGACGUAUUGUUAAGCAAUGAAAAUGUCCUCAGACAUUCUGAUCAAAUGAAUGAACUACUUCAAUAAAAAACUGUCA